GGGGUGGCCAGCCCCUCGGGUCUGUGGGGCUCGCUCAGGGCGGGGGUGGUGCGUGUGUGAAGGAGGGGGCGUUGGCGGCGGCCGCGGCAGGAGAGGCUGCAGCCCGGGAGCGGGCUCGGGCCCCCGCCUCUUCCAGACGCCGGUUUUCCUCCCCCGCAGCCUCACACCUCCUCCUACUUCUCUCGCAGCCCUCGCGCCCCUUGCCAGCCUAGCCCGGCCCGGGAGCGCAGUGGGUAAAGGACGGAGAGGGGGCUGCACGAGACAAAGGGGGCGCGGGGAAGCAGCUGGCGAUGGCUUCUCUGAGCCUGGGGGGGCUGAGCGUGAACCGUGGCGGCGGCGGCGGCAGCAGCAGUAGCUGCAAGAAGAGCUUGAACGCCCGCAAUGCUGCAGUGGAAAGAAGGAACCUGAUUACCGUGUGCAGGUUUUCUGUCAAGACCCUGAUUGAUCGAUCCUGUUUCGAGACUAUUGAUGACUCAUCACCAGAAUUCAACAAUUUCGCUGCUAUUUUGGAACAGAUUCUAAGUCAUCGGCUAAAAGAGAUUUCCCAAAGUUGCAGAUGGCUGGCUCAUCUCCAAAUAACUCUUCAAGGUCAAGUAACCUGGUUUGGCUAUGAAAGCCCUCGUAGCUUCUGGGACUAUAUCAGAGUGGCCUGCCGAAAGGUUUCACAGAACUGUAUCUGCAGCAUUGAGAAUAUGGAAAAUGUCAGCUCUUCAAGAGCCAAGGGAAGAGCCUGGAUCAGAGUAGCACUCAUGGAAAAACAUUUAUCCGAAUAUAUCUCCACAGCUCUGAGAGACUUCAAAACAACCAGGAGAUUUUAUGAAGAUGGGGCAAUUGUCUUGGGUGAAGAAGCAAAUAUGCUUGCUGGCAUGCUGCUUGGACUCAAUGCGAUUGAUUUCAGCUUCUGCCUGAAGGGAGAGGGUUUGGACGGCAACUUCCCAGCUGUCAUAGAUUAUACACCAUAUUUGAAAUUCACCCAAAGUUCUGAUAGCAUCAGCAGUGAUGAAGAAGAAUUAAGAACUUUGGGAAGCAGUGGUAGUGAAAGUAGUACUCCAGAGAAUAUUGGUCCUCCUUUUAUCAUGGAUGAAAAUAGUUGGUACAACAAGUGUAAGAGAGUUAAGCAGAAGUAUCAACUCACUCUGGAACAAAAGGGCUAUCUUGAAGAAUUGUUACGACUUCGAGAGAACCAACUGGCUGAAUCUGUUUCUCAAAACAAGUUACUGCUUCAGAGGAUUGAGGAUUCUGAUUUGACCCACAAAUUAGAGAAGGAACAGUUAGAGUACAUUAUUGUGGAACUGCAGGACCAGCUGACUGUGCUAAAGAAUAAUGAUUUAAGAUCAAGACAAGAAUUAACUACCCACCUCACCAAUCAGUGGCCUUCCCCAGGAGCUCUGGAUGUCAAUGCUGUUGCCUUGGAUACCUUGCUUUACCGAAAACACAAUAAACAGUGGGAUGACAAAAGUUUUCAAAGUCUGGACCAGUUAUCAGCAGAAGUUAGUCUAUCACAGACAUCUUUGGGUCCAGCCCAUUCACAGGAUGGAGAUGGCAAACAAGACAUGUUAAAUUUAUUAAGUGAAGGUAAAGAAGAUACUCCCUCAUUACUUGGUCUCUGUGGCUCUCUGACCUCUGUUGCAAGUUAUAAAUCUUUAACAAGUCUGAAAUCAAGUGACUACCUUGCAAGUCCCACUACAGAGAUGACAAGUCCAGGCCUAACUCCUUCCUGAACAGCAAAUGUGAUGGCAGCCAGAAAAGAUCUCUUAUGUUACAUACAUUCAGUCUACAUUCCAUGGGUUUGACUGCCGGGGUUUGAUUGCAAAUAGUUAUAUGCUUUUUUUUUUUUUUUUUUAAAAGAUUUCCUUUAUAUUCUCUUAUUUAGAAACCAGUUCAUAUACUCUCAAUGAAGAAUGUCUUAACUGAUGUUAGUUUGUAAUUUCUCCAAUAAAUGAACAAUUUUUAAAGGUGAAUUGAUAAAAGAUUUUAACAAAUUUAAACCAGAUAGCUUCCCAGAUAAUUAAGGUGUGGCAAAAUGCACAUAUUCUUCAAGUGAUCUUUCACAUGUUUAUUUAAAUAUUUAGCUACUGAAACCUGAGUUCAUGGGAUCUAAACAAAGCAAUUUUCAUGGAUUAAUGCAGAUGUCAUAUUAAAGGAGAAAUGAUCCCCAAAGAAGGCCAGGAUAAGGCAGUUGUAUGCCUCGGACAAGUUUGAAAAGUCUAUGCCCUGUGUUAUUGUCCACUGGAGACAUUGUGCCUCCAUGUAACACAUCUUUGCAUACCCCCAAAUCGAUACCUAUAUGGAUGGCUUGGAAAGUAAACUUUUCUGGCAUAGUGUUUUUUUAAAAAUGGUACUCCUUGCCCUGUUCCUCCAUGACCCAGGGUGAGUAGAGACCUCCUACCUGCCUCUCCAUAGUUUAGCUACAGCUUCACAACUUCAGGUUUUUCAUUAAGUUCCUGCAGUAAUCCAACACUUUUAAAGUCUUCUAAUGUAUGAUUAAGAUUGUCAGAACUGUUCAGAUUUUGAAGAAGCUUAUUCAAUUAAUUUAAAAAUACUUUUCAGUUUUUAACAUUUACCAGUUGAUACUGACAUUCCACUUUACCUUUUAUAAAUUUUGUAGACAUUUACCUUUUUAGACAGUUGAUAAUGUAUUUGAUAAGGUCCAUGAAAAACGGAUUUAUAAUAAGAUAGAUGCACUUUAGGGAAACGAUGAACUAACCAAGUAACCUUGGACAGGUUUCCCUGAAAUUUUCUAAAAACAUUAACUGGUAAAUUGCCAUGUGUAUACACACACACACACACACACACUCCAAAA